AGCAGUAGGUCAUUGCAAUUCCAACCAUACCAGUGCAGAUGGAGGAGUUUUUCUACUUCCUCUGGAGUAGGAAGUCAGGAUGCAUCUGUUGAACAAACAAGUGUUACAGUGGCUCAAAAUGUCGAAUCUCCUGUAGUUGUUGUUACCGGUGCUUCCAAAGGAAUUGGAAGAGCAAUUGCAUUGACAAUGGGUAAAGCUGGUUGUAAGGUCCUUGUGAAUUAUUUGAAGUCUUCUAAGAAUGGUGAAGAAGUUUCUGAAGAGAUUGAGGCAUAUGGUGGCCAAGCUCUUCCCUUUCAGGCAGAUGCUUCAAAGGAAGCAGAUGUAAGAUCACUGAUCAAAGCUGCAGUCGAUUCAUGGGGUACAAUCGACGUACUAAUAAAUAAUGCAGGGAUUGUUCAUGAUGGUUUGCUGGUGAGAAUGAACAAUUCAGAGGGGCGUCAGGUGUUUGAUGUUAACUUCUUUGGUAAGCGCCUCUGCACAAAGGCAGCAAAUGAAAUUAUGAUGACAAAGAACAAAGGAAGAAUAAUUAAUAUAACAUCUGUUGUUGGUUUGAUUGGCAAUGUUGGGCAAGCUGAUUACAGUGCUUCUGCUGCAGCCAUUAAAGGAUUUACCAGGAGUACUGCAAAGGAAUAUGCAAGGAGAAAUAUUACUGUGAAUGCUGUUGCUCCUGGUUUCAUAUCAACUGACAUGACUGCUACACUCAGUGAAGAUUAUAAGAAGAAGAUCUUAGACACAAUCCCCUUGGGGAGAUUUGGACAACCAGAAGAAGUUGCUGGACUGGUGAAGUUCUUGGCCCUUCAUCCUGCGGCUAGUUACAUGACUGGUGGGGUAUACCCCAUUGAUGGAGGCCUUUCGUUGUCCUCAAUCUUGUAACAGCAAGAACUUUAUCAAAAGAUUAUGGGGUUUCAGAUUUACAAGUGUUGAUGCAAUCUCUGUACAGCCAAGGAUUCUUUUUUCUCAAUCUCAUCAGCAUGCAGCACCAAGAUGAGAGCUCAAUCGUGUUGGAUCUGAGGCCCCUAAAACUUACCACUUCAAUGGUCGUUCCCAGAUUAAUUAUUGGGUACAACUGUACCAAAAUUCAAUAUUCUUGCAUGGUUUUUAAUCGUCUGAAUUGAAUAUUACUUACACAUUUCUAUUGGAAGCUAAAUAAA